GGAAGUGAUUCUUUCAAAGGAGGCGAAAAUACAAUAUGCGCCGAGUCAGCAGCCGGUUGCUUGAAGCCGAACCGCUGCCAGAAGAACAGGAGACUGAAGGGGAGCGGCAAUUGCACAACCUUCUAAGGCAGCAGUUGGACACCUCUGUUGACUUCCAGCAAUGUUUAGCAAAGAAAAGAUGUUUUGCACCAGCAGCACUGUACAAGCCUUUUGGAGAGCAGGCCGCAGGUGUGCGCAGCCUGUCUCAAUUUCAGGUUCUUCAAGAUCAGGAAAAGGAGUUUGCACAGCUAAGGGAUCUUGGACUCACUGAUUCUGAGAUAGAAUUAUGGCUGAAUAAGGAGACAAAACAGAAGAAUCUCAAUGAUACGGGACUCGCGACUGAGCCAAGUGCAGUUGAAGACCGUUUGAGAUGUAUCAAAGAGAAAAUUACCCAGCACAAGCAACUGCUAGAUCUACCCCAGAGGUUUGCAGGAAGUCGUGGGCUAAGUCGGAGAGAAAUGGAGAUUGAAAAGGCCAUGUUUCAGGGUGAAGAUCGGCAUAGCUUUCUUCGGUCUCUAUACCAUCAUGAUAAGAACGUUAUAAGUGAAGGGAGUGAAAGCAGCCCUUAUCAUAAUCUGGACAUCGUGUCCAAGGAUUUAAAAUCAACAGCUGUUCAACAAUCCUCUUUAGUUUUUGAAAGGAAACCAAAGCUUUCAACUUGUAACCAAAGUGAGGUCAGUCCCUCUAGAACAGAAUGUUUGGAAAGUACAUCUAAAGACAAAAUAUGUAACCCGCCAAAAGCACAAGAAAGUGAAGAAUUUAUUGGACCCAGAAGGCUUGACCUCCGCCAUCCAAUUGGAAAGCUAAAUGCUAGCACAGUGGAAUGCCCACUAAAAGUGACCGAGGAAGUGCAGUCAAUUUCAGAGGAAGAGAUAAAGAGAAACAAACUCACCACAGAAGAGAUCCGACAGAUUCCCAAGUUUCAGAACUACCAUCCAGGCUUGCCAUCUAAGGUGCUGUAUUUGAAGAACCUCAGCCCACGAGCAACACUUUCCCACCUCAUCUCGCUCUUCUCCGUAUACCAGAGCCCAGCUAGCCCUCCACUUCUAUAUCGCCUGUUAACAGGACGCCUCAAAGGGCAGGCUUUUAUCACUUUUCCAGACCUUGAAACAGCGACUAAGGCCCUGGAGCUGGUGAAUGGAUAUCAUUUGUUGGGAAAACCAGUCAUUAUUGAGUUUGGGAGGGGUAGCAAUAGUUUUACUUCUUCUCAGACCUCUGGCAGACAACCUGCUGAAAACAUCACUACAGACUCUAAAGAAAUACCCUGAUUUCAGUUGGUUUUAAUAUCUCAACAGAAUGAUGGAAAUUCCAAUAUUUUGAUUAUUUUUGAAAACUGUUUUGAGUUUGCUUAAGUUUAAACACAUGUAAUUUAUUUUCAUUUAAUAUAUUCCAUUUUCCAAGUGAA